GGGUUCGUGAAAGUUGUCAAGAAUAAGGCCUACUUCAAGAGGUACCAAGUGAGAUUUAGAAGGCGGCGAGAGGGUAAAACUGACUACUAUGCUCGGAAACGAUUGGUGAUCCAGGACAAAAAUAAGUACAACACACCCAAAUACAGGAUGAUAGUUCGUGUAACUAACAGAGAUAUCAUCUGUCAGAUUGCCUAUGCCCGUAUAGAAGGGGACAUGAUAGUCUGCGCAGCAUAUGCACACGAACUGCCAAAAUACGGGGUCAAAGUUGGCCUGACAAAUUAUGCUGCAGCCUAUUGCACCGGCCUGCUGCUGGCCCGCAGGCUUCUCAAUAGGUUUGGUAUGGACAAGAUCUAUGAAGGCCAAGUGGAGGUGACUGGAGACGAAUACAAUGUUGAGAGCAUCGAUGGCCAGCCUGGUGCCCUCACAGACUCUUUGGAUGCAGGUCUUGCCCGCACUACAACUGGCAAUAAAGUUUUUGGGGCCCUGAAGGGAGCUGUGGAUGGAGGCUUGUCUAUUCCUCAUAGUACCAAACGAUUCCCUGGUUAUGAUUCUGAAAGCAAGGAGUUCAAUGCAGAAGUUCAUCGGAAGCAUAUCAUGGGACAGAAUGUCGCAGACUACAUGCGCUACCUAAUGGAGGAAGAUGAAGAUGCGUACAAGAAACAGUUCUCCCAGUACAUAAAGAACAACGUUACUCCAGACAUGAUGGAGGAGAUGUAUAAGAAAGCUCACGCUGCUAUCCGAGAGAAUCCAGUCUAUGAGAAGAAGCCCAAGAGAGAGGUGAAGAAGAAGAGGUGGAACCGUCCCAAAAUGUCUUUGGCCCAGAAGAAAGAUCGGGUUGCUCAAAAGAAGGCAAGCUUCCUCAGAGCUCAAGAACGGGCUGCUGAGAGCUAAAGCAAUUUUCUAUGAAGAUUUUUUCAUAAAGAUAAUAACUUUAUUUACCAAGCAGCCAUUUCUGUGUUAAGCUGUUAUUAUGAAAUUGUAGGUAUAGCAUGAAGUCAUGAAAGCAAAGGAGUGGCACUCAGGUCCUCCCGCCUGUGCUGGGAUUAAGGGCAAGAACCACUACACCUGGCUGAGAAUUUUUUCCUUCCACAAAACAACUUAGUUUUUUCCCAGAAAACGUCUUAAAGGACUCCAGCAGAGCUCUUGAGUUUCUAGUCUUCAUGGAACGAGUCACUGUCCUUUAGAUUGUCAGAUCUGGUAAGCAACAGACCCAUGAUCAUGGGGACACAGUGUUUCCAUUUAUUACAAGUAGAUAGUGGGAAGAAAAUACCUCAAAGUCAAUCUUGAAAGCAUACCAGUGCGAAUCCAUGGCUGGAAGAUUGGAGGAUGACAAAUUCACAGAUCGGACAAUUUGAGCAGAAAGUGUUGCGGCUUUCCUAGGUUUCGUUUUAAGCAGAUAUUGAAAAGUAUGUGCCAGACCUGAAUGUACAUAGGAAAAUAACUUGAAGUCAAAUUCUAAACCUGGCUUUUACAAGGGAGAGAACUGGGUGAUGCAUUUAUGCCUCAUCCCACAAGAAGUAAAAACUGUCUUCCAUCCUCAUCGUAACACAGUUAUCUGUGUGUCAGCUCAAGUGGUUAUGGUUUUGAUCACCUCUGGUCUCUGUCAGGGUCUGCUUUGUGGUACUGGGCCUUCAUGAAAAGUUACUUAUAUCCCCAGCCCAAGAUAAUGUGUGUUGGCUGGUUGAUGAACCCAUCAAAGGAUAAAGUACACCUAAUUUCAGUCACAGUGGUAACUGAAUGUUAACAUGUUGAAGCUAAAAGUCACUCCAACAGUUUCCUCCAUCUGAAGUUAAAAUAAGUGAGUAUACUAUAAUAAACCAUGCUAUAAAACCAA